UGCCUGUGAUUCCGGCGCAAAGAGAAGUAGAGCUCUGUCUGAGGAUAAUCCGUGCUGAGCGAAGCUUGUUAGGCUGUCAGAGAGAGAGAGAGAGAGAGAGAAAGAAGUAGACACUGAGUGAGUGAGUCAGUCAGUUAGGAAAAGAAGUAGAGAUAGAAUGAGGGGGGGGACAGGAAACAGACCCUGAGGACAAACAGUGAAACACUCACAUUGUGAAACACUCACAUUGUGACACACAGACGGAGAGCAGGAGCUCCACUCUAGCACCAGUCAGUGCUCCUGAGAAUAAGCCUGGUGGCUUGUGGGAAAGACCUUUCAAAAGAUGGACAGCUAAUGACAACUUUGCUGCUUUUGGAACUGAAAGUCACAGGAGUGAGUUUGGCCAGGAGGAAGGAUUUUUGCCUACAUCUUUCCUUCUGUAGCAGACCUGGACAUGAUUCGUUUUGUGGACUCAGCAGCUUGUGGUAAUUGAGGACUUCUUGAGUGAAAAGGAAACAUAUUCGAGUGACUGAUUUAUCUGAGUAAGUAAAGCUCAGCCUGCAACUUGCUGGUUGCAGCCUGGUGGAGAGACAGCGCAGGGGGAGGGGAGGACGCUCCAGCCUGAAUCUCUCUCCUCUGGGAGGGGUCUUUUCAAUACGAGGUUACCCUCGAGAUAACUACAUCGAGUCAAAAUGUACAACAAUACCCUCCCAACUGGCAAUGUCACCCAGCCAUUGGUUGAAAACAGCUCCACAAACUGCCAUAAGAACGAUGGAUUUAAGUACCCGCUCUACAGCACCGUCUUCAGCAUUGUGUUCGUGGUGGGACUGAUCACCAAUGUUGUGGCCAUUUAUAUAUUCACCUGCUCUCUGAAGCUGAGGAACGAGACCACGACCUACAUGAUGAACUUGGUAGUGUCUGACCUGCUGUUUGUCUGCACGCUGCCCCUCAGGGUCUUCUACUUCAUCAACGUGAACUGGCCUUUUGGAAGCACGCUCUGCAAGGUCUCUGUCUCGCUCUUCUACACCAACAUGUAUGGCAGCAUUCUCUUUCUCACCUGCAUCAGCGUGGAUCGCUUUCUAGCCAUCGUGCACCCUUUUCGCUCAAGGGCGCUGAGGACCAAGCGCAACGCCAAGAUAGUGUGUGUUGCUGUUUGGGUGUUGGUGCUGUCAGGAAGCCUCCCCACGGGGUUCAUGUUGGAGACCACCUCGCGUGACAACAACAAGAAUAACGCCACUUACUGCUUUGAGAAUUUCUCCCCCAAGCAGUGGAAAUCGCACCUGUCCAAGGUGGUGAUCUUCAUAGAGACAGUGGGCUUCAUCAUCCCGCUUCUACUCAACAUGUGCUGCUCCAUCAUGGUGCUGCAAACCCUGCGGCGGCCCCAAACCAUCAAUCGCGGGGGCAAGCUGAACAAAACAAAGAUCCUGCGCAUGAUAAUUGUGCACCUCUGUAUUUUUUGUUUUUGCUUCAUCCCCUACAAUGUGAACUUAAUUUUCUAUGCUCUGGUCCGCACUAACACUUUAAAAGGCUGCUUUGUGGAGUCGGUUGUCCGAACGAUCUACCCUAUAGCUCUCUGCAUUGCUGUGUCUAACUGCUGCUUUGACCCCAUUGUUUACUAUUUCACCUCGGAGACAAUCCAAAACUCCAUUAAGCGGAAGUCUCAGGUUGGCCGUUCGUAUGACGUCAAGUUCUCAGAGGCCCUUCAGUCAGAAACCAGCUCCAACCUGCAGUGUAGCCUGAGGAAUCUCAAAGCAAAAGUCUUUCACAAUGAGUCUUCAGUGUGAUGGCGGUUUGCGAGACUCUGCUUGAAAGGUGUUUGAAUUCAUCCUUCGAAAAACAGACCUCCUUGAGACAUUGGGAAUGGAUUUACGGGGAGUGCUUUAUGAAGCACCUGCCAAAUUUUCAUCUCAGGGCAAUUGUUUUGACAUUUCAUUGACAGCCUCUGCUUUGCUGUAUUACAGCUACAUGGCCCAUCUGUGGAUUUCUAAUUGACUAAUUUCCCUUUCCUGUUGAAUAUUUCAUAUUUCUGUCAAGCACAAUUACUCUGCAAGAGACCUGGAGGGUAUCAUAGCAUAGCAGGACACUUUUGAUUUGGAAUGCGUUAUGUGCCUGUAUAUUUGUACAUUUCCGUGGUAAGUUUUGGUACUAACUCUAGAGUUGUAACUAUUAAAUAACAUAAAUUUAUAUCAAGCUAUAGAAUGUACAGGACAUAUUUUUUAAUUGUGAGUUCCAAAUAGGUCAGAGAAGUGCCUUUUUGUUGUCGUGGCACCAUUUCAUUGUAGACUUUGACCUUAAAAUGCACUGACACAGAUUUCCACAUACUGCACUCGUGCCAAAGUAAUGAAUAAAAGUCAUGUACUGUUUAAAAUGA